AAAUUACAACAAUUUUUUAUUCCAUAUAUACAUACAAUUAUUAUAAAAAAAUACUUACAAAAAAUGAGUGAGGCGCUGCCGAACUACGAAGAAUUCGUCGAAGGAAAAUUUACCGAAGCUCGUGUACUAGCGAUAAAAAAGAUGUUUAAAAAACACAUGAUUAAAGUUAAAAAGGUAAAAGGAUCUACUGAACCAGAUAAAAUGGCAACCACGGAUAUUGGAAUUCUGUUCAGAAAAUUAAAUUUUAAUCCUACGAAUUCAGAAAUAAUAGAAAUGAUGCGGACAAUUGAUCCAAGUAAAGAAGGAACCAUUACUUUCUAUCAGUUUUUAUAUAUUUUAUGGAUAAAAACCAUGUCUGGAGAGGAAGAAGAUAUACAUUCAGAAAAAUUCCUCCAUCUGUAGCACUGAGAUAAAAUAAAAAGGAAAUGCUAUGAUGAUACUUAAUUGUCCGCCCUUUGCAUUACAUUUUUACGUCAAUGUCAAACUCGAGAUAGUGUAGGUAUAGUCAGUUUUGGUGAGAAUAAAUACCAUUUUUUUUUAAUAGCUUCAUUUAAACGAUAUAACAUUUUUUUCAUUCCGUCAGUCUUCAAAUAUAAAAUUACUGACUUCAAAUAAAUCAAAGUACCACUCAAUUCGCCAUUUUCAUUACACUUUUCCGUCACAGUGCGUCCAUUUAUCAUAUCGCAAAAUAAUAUUUGUCAUCUCUACUUUAUUCUAUCUCGAUGAUUUGUAGCAAUUUUAAAAUAUAUUUUUCAAAAAGUUAUUCGACACAGAUGGAGAUGGUAUCAUUGCAGUAGACGAUUUAAAAAGACUAUUAACUAAAGUUGGAGAACCAUUUGACGAAGAGGAAAUGAAGGCUUUCGCUCUUCACGCUGAUUCAAAUGAAAAUGGUUUAAUUGAUUAUGAGGAUUUUGUAAAUAGGAUGAACAUAGAAGAGUCCGAAGAGAAAACCAAAGAAACUAAAGGAAUUGAAGAGACAGAAGAUGCGGAAGAACCAGAUGAGGAUUAACUAUUUUUAUAGUGUUGUAAUUAUACAUGUUUAUACUUAAGGUUGUUUUAAUCAAAAUAAACGUACAUCCCUUAUGAUUUUACGGUUUUGCCAUUUUUACCGAUUUCGCGGAGAAUGAGUGCAAUAUUUACCUUUCUGCCUUUGCCUAAAAACGUAAACGUCACAAAGCACCUACCUCUAAAAAAACGUUCUUGACUUCACCUUUAAAAAUCGAUUACAUUUCUUAUAAUCGAAUUAGUGUAGAAUCGAAUAAGACAAACGUCAAAUGUCAAUUACGGAUGUGUGGUUAAGUUUACAAUAUGUUUACAAAUUUGAGAAUUUGUGUUGUGAUUAUUAUUAUUUGUUUGCAAAACACAAUGUUGUUUUUAACUUUUAUAGAAUAAAUUAUAAACGAUACAUUUAAUUAUUAAUCAACAUAAAACAAGACAAUGUCUUUUGAAGACAACCAAAUUGAUAAAAUAUGUAGAACAUGUUUAUCAGAAGGGAAUACAAUGAGAUCAGUAUUUACAUUAGAUGAUUCCACUGGAGAUAGUAUACCCUUAUUUGAAAUGUUGAUGUCUUUUACAUCUGUAGAGAUAUUGGUAAAUGACAACCUACCAAGCCAAGUAUGUUUGCAAUGUGUCCACUACAUAACUAGGUCAUUUUCUUUUAAACAGCUUUGUGAAAGGUCAGAAAAUACUCUUAGACAAGUUAUAAGUCGUAACUUAUCUCUGAAUUAUGUGGAAUUAAAGCCAAUGCUUGCUUCAGACUCCAUAAAUACAUCUCCAGGUCAAAGUAUACUACAAAAUGGAAUUAUAUCAAAUCAAAAUUCAAUUUCUGAAGAUAUAGUAAAUGAUGAAAUCUUAACUCCUAAGGAAGAUGCUUUGAAAAGUGUCGAGUCAAUCCAGUCUUACUUUGAAAAUCCAGGAAGUGUUAUUUCUGAAUGUAAAGAUUUUGAAAAUGUAGGAAGUGUUAUUUCUGAUUGUAAAGAUAUCAAGGAAACUAUUGUAGAUAUUAAAUUUUGCAACUUUUCUAAUGUGCAAUUUUCUAAUGGAAUUUCAUUAGAUACAGGCCAGCUAAAUAUAAUUCAAACUAUUGAAAAUGAUGAGUCAAAAAGUAUCAAAGACAUAAAAAAGAAAAUAACAAAGGAUGAAACUGAACAACCUAUUUACCCAUGUGAAGAGUGUAUUUUAUGUUUUACAACAAAUUCCGAUUUAAGAGCUCACAUGAAAACCCACUCAAAAGCCUGUCAACAUAUUUGUAAAAUCUGCAACCAGAGGUUCUCUAGUGCUAGCACCCUCUGUAGGCACACGAAAACCCACAACGGUGCCAAAAAGCACUUGUGCAGCGAAUGUGGUAAAGGUUUUACAAGGUCGGAUGAUCUCACAAGACAUUUACGUAUACAUACAGGUGAAAAACCAUUUAAAUGCGAAGAAUGUGGUAAAUCUUUUGCACAAUCUUUUAGGCUGUUAGAACAUACCAGAGCACAUGCGAAUCAGAAGAGUUUUGUAUGUUCAGUUUGCGGUAAAGCUUUUUCGAGGUACACUAGUUUAUGUGCUCAUAACAAGACGCAUAGCGGUAUCAAAACACAUGCUUGUACCGUCUGUGGAAAACGGUUAUGCAGUUCGGGAUCUUUAGCAAUACAUAUGAAAACACAUACAGGGCUUAAAGAUCACAUAUGUCCUUUUUGCGGAAAAGGUUUUACUUCUCCUAGUAACCUUAUUAUUCAUAAAAGAACUCAUACUGGUGAAAAGCCAUAUGUUUGUUCCACUUGUGGAAAGGGUUUUCCUGAUCUAUCACGUCUUACUGUCCACACAAGGACACAUAGUGGCGUGAAACCUUAUGUAUGUCCGACAUGUGGUCGUGGUUGCAUAAGCUCUUCGCAAUUGAAAAAACAUAUGAGGAUACAUACUGGGGAAAAGCCCUACCAAUGCGAAAUGUGUCCUAGAGCUUUUCCCAGACGAGAUGAUUUGAGGAUACACAUCAAAACACACACAGGUGAUAGAAGCCAUAUAUGUACAUUCUGUAAAAAAGGUUUCUAUCAAGCUUCUACCUUAAAAGUGCAUAUGAGGAUUCACACAGGCGAAAAACCGUAUUCCUGUCAAAUCUGUGAUAAAGCUUUUUCUCAGUCUAAUUUACUUUCUUGUCAUAUACUUCGAACUCAUUAAAAGUCGUUUUGUCGGAUCAUUUGUAAAAAUAAUUUACUUCAAGGUGUGUAAUGACAAAAUAUUAUUAAUGUUAGUGCCCAAUUUUUUUUUUUUUUAAUGUUUACUGUAAACUGGAUAACUUGAUAUUAUCGUAUUUUAUAACCAACAGAGACAUGCGUUACUUAUACAUCUACAUAAUGUUUAUGUUAGAAAGAAAUGGAAUGUCAUUAUCUCAUGUUGUGCCUAUGAUAACAUAACUAUCGGACAAUAGUCACAAAGCUGGAGUUCUCUAAACUUAUUAUUAAUAUUAAUAAAGCAUUAUCAUCUUUAGCCUCCAAUAUCUCAAAACUCCAAUUUGGCGCUUGGUUCUUUUUAAAUAAACAUAGUCCAUUUGUACUGCAUUUAAUUGUACUUCAUCAUUAUUCUCUGAAUUCCAUUAUUAAUGUGAAUAUCAUCAUUAACCUUCAAUUCAAUAGCAUCUACAUUUACCUCAAAAGGUUUACAGAAAGCCAUUUCGUACAACAAAAAUCAAAAUUUAACAGAAACACCGAAAAAUAAAAACAAGUUUAGCAAACGCUUUAAGAAACAGCGAAAAAUUUUCUGAAGAAAUUUAAAAAUUAAAUUGUUCAGUUACUUUUCAAGAAUCGACUGACUUGACAUUUUGUAAACAACGGUCUGUGAUAGUGGGUUAGAAGUUUUCACAAUUCGUCUUCUCCCUGAAGUUCCUUACAAUAC